AUGGGGUUGUUUGAUAAGUUUACAUUAUACAACGUCUUUCGGGGCUACAACGUCAUACGUGCAGACAUUGAAGUUCUCGCUAAUGAUGUUGAUGACAAAGAUCACGAGUCCGAGCCAUCAAGGUUGUUUAUUUGCUCCCAAUGCGAAAGACAGCAAUUACGCAAACCUAGCAAGUUGCGUCGUUUAGCAUGGAUCCUACGCAGUGGAUGGGCAUUGUCUGUAAUUCUUUUGUUUUGGCUACUGGUGCAUUUGUGGCUGUCGGAUCGUGGUCUCCAACAGAAAUGUUUCAGGGAAACAUCCUCGUACACGCCCCUGCUGGGUCAAGUCCCGGACACUUUGCAAGAAUUUAGAUUCAAUGGCUCUAUUCGUUGGCCGUCACCAUAUCGGGGUCCUCCAAGCCCGGACGUGGAUCGUGCCUGGGAGAAGAUCUCCAUGUUUCGACCUCUAAAUAUCCCAUUGACUGAGAAAGAAUUCCUGAAUGUAGGAAAAAGUCCGGAAACGGCGGCUACCAAUCCACCAGAAUAUGGCGGAGGCUUUUUUCUACAGCCCGAGUUUUCACAUCAGUUACAUUGCGUGAACUUCCUUCGAAAAGCGUCUCAUUUCAAAUAUGAUUACUACAAGAACCACGAUCCGGACUUUCAAGACAAAGAAGAGACGUUCAAGGUUCAUCUUGAUCAUUGUGUCGAAAUGUUGAGGCAGUUUGUCAUGUGCCAUGCAGAUAUUGGGGUCGUGACUGCACACUGGAUUGAGCAAAGAGCCCGACCUUGGCCUGACUUCAACACUAUGCAUACGUGUCGAGACUUCGAGGGUAUCUGGCAAUGGACUGUGGAUCACCAGAUGCCCGAAGGCACACCCAUGAUUCCCUUGAAGCCUGUCGGGGCAAAGGCUUUGCCUUCCCCGCCCUAG